AUGUUGGAGUAUGUGAAGAGCUGUUGCGAUAGCGAAUUUGGAUUUAUGCGAGGGGAGGUCGAUGGAAUACAGGUGCUCGUUUUAGAUGAUACUGGGGACUCAGAGUUUCAACUGGCCGCAUUACGAGCUUUUGAUACCAAGGUCCGGGUGGAUCCCCGGUCACCACCGAAGCCUGGUGCAAUAUUAUUGAUGGCCGUCACUGAGCCGUUUCAACUGUCCGCCAUGAUUUUUCGAAAGUGCGUUAACCCCGACUCCAGGACUGAUGCAUUUCGCCUCUGGUUCGGCACAAAUGAGAUGAUCGAAGCAGGUCACCUAAACUUGAUAGAGACCUUUUAUGUCGACUAUCAAAACACCAGUCUUGCAAGGGUCGAUUUUCCUGAACCCUUCGAGUUGCUGGAGUUGGCGCGCUUUUACCCCGUGAAUACAUCUUCAGUUACCUGUGUAAGGCUCGAGCUUGUUGGGUGCAACUUUUCAAGUUGCAAUAAACGGCUCGGAAUGGAGUCCAGAGAAAUACAGAAGUCAACUUACGUGUAA